AUGUCACCAAGAAAAAUCCAUGUUUCUUCUAACAGCCAAGAUUUUCAUACUAAAAACAAUUUAGUUUUUAAUAGAAAAAUACUAUUAGCUCAGUAUCAAGCAGGAAUUGCACCAGAAACUUAUAGACAAGGUUUAUUGAAAUGCAAUGAGAUUAACCGUGAAAAACUUGAUAAUAGUAAAUUAGUUAGAACAAAAAACCCUAGAUAUACUGGGGCAUCAAAAACGAUAUUAUUAAAAAACGCACUGAUCUUGGAUGGUGUGAGUGAUGAUGCAAUCGAAAGUGAUUUAUUAAUGCAGGAUGGUAUAAUUAAAAGUAUUAGUAGAGAUGAAAUUAGUAAUUAUCUAAAGAAAAUGAAAGAGACGCAACAAAAAUUUAAUGAUGAUGAAAUUAUUAUUAUCAAUCUUAAGAGGAAAUAUGUCUCUCCUGAUUCUUGGCCUUAUUUAAAUUCAAACAGAGAUUACAAUGAAUGGAAUGAAAUGAUUACACCUUAUGUACGUGCCAAGGAUGGAUUAAAUCCAAAUGAUCCUGCAAUUAGAAUUGUGGCUUCUGGUGGUGUUACAACUUCAUUGGUUUUGCCUGGAAGUUCUAACGUAAUGGGUGGUGAAGGCUAUGUUAUAAAGAUGCGAUUGGUUGAUACACUUUCAGUUGAUGAUAUGAGUAUUAAUGCAAACAUAAAUCCUGAAGAAGAACAUAAAUGGAGAUGGCUGAAAAUGACAUGUGGUGAAAGUCCAAAGCACGAUUAUGGUGGUAAACGUUAUGCUCCACGCACUAGGAUGGGAAUAGCAUGGCUAUUUCGUAGAAGUUUUUCAGAAGCACUCAAAAUAAAACAAAGUCAAGAUAAUUGGUGUAAUUCAGCAAGAAGACUUGGCGGUAGUGAACAAUUGAGCACCAAUUUUCCAGAGGACCUGAAGUAUGAAAGUUUGAUUGCUUUGUUAAGAGGCGAUGCUAAAUUAAAUGUUCAUUGUUAUGAGGUUGCCAUACAUCAUGCAUCAGACGCUUACCGUAUUCCAGAAAUAAUUAAACGUGGAAAUGGUAAUAUCACUGUUGCCUUAUUUUCAGAUUUAUGGGGCUCUAAAAAAGAAUCCUUUGGUGGUAGUACAAAAGGACCAAAAAUAUUGGCAGAUAACAACAUUUUAGUUUCUUUAAUAAGUAAUCACCCUGUUAUAAAUGCUCAAACAUUUGUUUUUGAGGCUGCUAAAGCUCAUUAUUAUGGAUUGAGUAAAUCACUUUCAAUUGCUGCCAUAACCUCUGUACCGGCUAAUUCACUUGGUUUAGGUCAUCGCAUUGGACAAGUAUACAUAGAUGGUAUUCCACAGUUUGAUGCAUCGAUUUCUCUCUUAGAAAAUUCUACCACUAAAAAUCUAACUGAAAAUAAAAAAAUCAAUAACCACCAAAUAACUAAUGAUGAUAAAGUUAAAUCGCGUACAGUCUCGUCAAUUAUUAUUAAAAAUAUCGGGAAAGUGUUUAUUAAUCAAGAUUACAUUAUUGAUUCAACAAAUCUAUUAAGAAAUGAAACUAUAAAUAUUAUAAUUAAAGAUGGUAUUGUGGAUUGUAUUGGAUCGGAUUGUAAAGAUCCAGAAGAAAUUUCAUUAUUUGAAAUCGUGGAUUUAUGUGGUGGUUAUGUACUCCCUGGAAUUACUGCAGUGGGAUCUGAUCUCGGAUUAAGAGAAAUUAUGCAAGAAGAAAGUACAUCAGAUGGAGAAGUCGAAUUCUCUGGCAAUCCUAACGAAAUUAUAUACGCAUUAGAUGGAUUGAAAUUGGGCGGUAAACAUUUGGACGUAGCAUAUAAAGCUGGAAUAUUUAACGUAAUAACAUCGCCAAUCUCUACUAAAGGGUUAAUAUCUGGAGUUUCGGUUGCUUUUAAAACAGGAGCAAGUAAAAUUAUUGACAAAGAAGCAAUUAUUAAAGAAGCUACUGCGUUACAUGUCCAUAUUGGAUCAAAACACAAGAGCAAAUAUUUACCAACAAUUUCAAGUCAAAUAUCAACAUUACGUAAAUUAUUGUUGUUGUUUAGAAAUAACAACGAUGUUGAUGAUAUUUUUAAAUAUAUAAUAAAUGGAAAAAUUCCAUUAGUAGCUGAGGUAGAUAAUAAAGACGAGAUAUCAGCAUUAAUUAAAUUGAAAAAACAUAUUAAAGCACAUGGCGGUGAUAUUAAUUUAGUCAUAUUAGGUGGUAGUGAAUCACAUUUGGUAGCAAAAGAAUUAUACGAAGAAAACGUUUCGGUGAUACUGAGACCAACAAGACCAACACCUAAUACAUGGUCAACAAAAGAUGUUUUAAUUGGUAAACCAAUAACAAACAGAACAUGUAUUGAAAUAUUACAUGAACACAAAGUUAAAAUAGGAAUAGGAGUAAGUGAUUCGUCAUUAGCGAGGAAUUUGGUGUGGGAUGCAGGUUGGGUAUUUAAAAAUAGUAAUGGAUUAUUUAAAGAAAAGGAAAUCAAUACUAGAAAAAAUGGGUUGAUUAAUGGUAAUGCAGCAAGUUUUGUUGCUUAUGAUGGGAAUCCUUUUAGUAUGGAUGCAAAG